AUAUAUUGGUUUGAAUAAAUAAAGCAGCAACUGUAAUAAUGCCUCUUAUACGGGUACUAUCCGCAAUCGCCUGCUGCUGCCUUUUGGCGACCUGUGGCGGCGAGGAGAUCGAGGCGGUGUCCUCCAAGGUCGCGGACAAGGUCGAGGCCGUAGCCACCACCAAGCUGACCCCAAGCAUCGAGGAGGAUGCCAAGAGCAAGACGGAGAAGCGCGACUCAUCGGAUCAAACAGGUACCCCGUACUUCGGCCUGUCGAGCAAAGAGCCGCCGUUCCGACCGAUUUAUCCGCCCAGCAGCCGCUUCGAGUCGGAGCCACCGACGCAAAUCUUCGGGCCCACCACACUGCGCUACACAGCAGCGGAGGCAACCCCACCACCGCCCUUUCCCCAGGCCUUCCACGGACAGAAGGGGCAGUCGCACCACCGCUUCAGCUUUGCAGUGCCACCGCAAGUGGAGCCCUAUCAGCGGCAAGCCGCCUACAAGCCCGUUGCCACCCCUCCACAGUCACAGCCACAGGCGCAGGCGCAGGCGAUUUACAAUUACGGCGAGCUUGAGCCGACAGCACCACUGGGCCACCUGGGCCACUUGGGCCACCUGCACCACAGCCACAGCCAGCAGGGUGGCAAGUACCUGCAACAGCCGCCACAGAAGCUGCAGCAGCGGAUCCAGUACAUCAUUGCCAUUCCGCUCUCGUACAUGCGCCAGUUGCAGCAGCAACAGCAGUUGCAACAGCAGCAGCAACAGCAGCAGCAUCAACUGCUGUUGGCCCCGCCACCCACUGGCAGCAGUAGCAGUAGCAGCACCAGCAGCACUGCCUCGCCUUCACCAUCGCCAUCGCCUUCCUCGCCCCCGCAACCCACGCCCACGGGCAGACAUCCGCUGGGGCAGCUGCUGGGUCCGCUGGCUCGCGACCACCAGGGCCAGUACAGACCCUACUACCAGUCGGAUGCGCUUAGUGCACCGCUCGCGGGACCCACUGCGCCGCUGAUCCACCAGCCCUACCUGCAGAUACCCACCAGUCUGCUGAUGGCCGCCGCCCAGCAACUGCAGCAGCACCAUCACCAGCAGCAGCAGCAACAGCAGCAACAGCAGGUUAUGUACGCCAAGGUCGCUGCCCCUGCAGCACCACCCACUUACCAGCCCGCCCAGCUCUUCUAUCAGCCAGCGCCCCCAUCCUCCCCGGCGCACCACCAUCCGCAGCAGCCGCAAAUUCAACUGCAGCUGCAGCGGAUCUUCCUGCAGCCACCGCAGCCGCAGCAGUCCACCAUCUACGCCGAACAGCCAGGACCACUCUAUGCUUAUCCGCUGCAGCAGCAACUCCAGCAGCAAUACCCGAAACCGCAUCAGCAGCAGCAGCAGACGCUGAAACAGUCACAACAGCAACAGCAGCAACACAAGUACACACCAGCAACGCCAACGGCGCCGACAGCAUUGACAACAGCAUCGACAACGAGCACGGCAGCAACAUCAGAGGCGGCAGCAGCAGCAGCAACAGCAACAGCAACGGCGGCGGCAACAGCAACACGGCAGCAACACUUGCCCGUGGUGCACUACAACCCCAUAUACGUGCAAGCACCCGCCGAGCAGCAACAUCAGCAGCAGCAACAGCAUCAACAGCAGCAACAUCAAUUUGCCAUAUUGCCACGUUUCAGCAAUAACAACCCGAAGGCCGUCUACAACAUGGCCCACGAAGCAGCGGGUCCCCUUCACGUGGUCAGAUUGUCGCCGGCAAAUGGACCGCCGAUCCAUCACUACCACCAUUACCAGCCGGCGUCCGUGCUGCAGCCGCUCUACAGCCACGCCCCGCACCAGUAUGUAUCGCCCUACGAGGAGGGGCCCAAGUCGUUGGCUUCAGUUUCCGGCUCCGGUUCCGGUUCCGGCUCCGCUUCGCCAUCUGUGAUGACCGCGGCCUCGCCGGCCAUUAUACCGUACUUCAGCCAUCCGGGUGCCGUGCAUUAUGGCACACAUUUGUAUCACCCGGGAGCAGCAAUAGCAACAGCACUGGGUGCACCAGCAACAGCAACAGCAACGGCAACAGGAGCAGGCGCAGCAGCAGCAGGACCACGAGCAGCAGGACCAAAGCAACAGUCGACCGCAACAAGUGGGGGGCAGCUGCCAGGUGACGGCAACAAUAUUGUGAAAUAUCCCUAA